AGAGAUUUCUCAUGAAUGGACGUCUUGAUACAGAUGGCUCUCCGCCGGAUCUUCUCAAUUUCAAAAAGGGAUGGAUGUCCAUACUGGAUGAGCCAGGCGAGUGGAAGAAGCACUGGUUUGUGCUGACAGACUCGAGCCUGAAAUAUUACAGGGACUCCAAUGCCGAGGAGGCAGAUGAUCUGGAUGGAGAGAUUGAUCUUCGCUCUUGCACCGAUGUGACGGAAUAUGCAGUGCAGCGGAACUACGGCUUUCAGAUACAUACUAAAGAUGGUGUCUUCACAUUGUCCGCAAUGACAUCAGGGAUCCGGCGGAAUUGGAUAGAGGCACUGAGGAAAAGUAUUCGUCCUGCCAGUGUUCCAGAUGUUACAAAGCUAUCCGACUGCAACAAGGAAAACUCCUUCCGCAGCUACGGAUCCCAGAAGAGCUCCUUCAGGUCAGAAGAGCAGCGGCCAGGCACAGGGUCCGAAGUUAUACCCCGGGGCACCAGCAGGAAGUUAGAUGGGCAGCGCCAUGCUUUUGACUACGUGGAGCUGUCCCCCUUGAAACACGGGCCUUUAAAUCAGGGGUCCCCGCAAAGGACGCGAGGGAGCACGAGAGCCUCCGAAGGCAAGCGCGAGGAGCUGGAGCGGGACCUGGCCGUCCGUUCGGAGGAAAGGAGGAAGUGGUUUGAGGCUCCUACCAGUGGGGUCCUGCAGACGGAUGGCCUGGCAAAGGAUGCCUCUUAUAAGGCAGACGACCAGGAGCCUCCAGGGGCCCCCCUUUCCGAGGCUCAGAGGAGGCAGCUGAGUGAAGAGAUUGAGAAGAAAUGGCAGGAGCUGGAGCGCCUGCCCCUCAAGGAGUCCAAGCGAGUCCCACUGACGGCCCUGCUAACCCAGAGCAAAGGGAGCCACGAAGACAUCAGCGAGGCACUGGAGAAAGAGGUCCAGGCCCUGAAAUCACAGCUAGAGUCCCUGAGUGCCCAGAAUGAGGCCAAAUCUCACACAGACCGGCACACCCCCCGAGGCUAUAUCUCUCAGGACGCGUGUGAGCGCAGUUUGGCAGAGAUGGAGGCUUCCCACCGAGAGGUCAUGAUGGAACUGCAGCGGCACCACCAGCGAGAGAUGGAGCGGCUGCAUCUCGAGAAGGAGCGACUUCUGGCAGAAGAGGCUGCUGCCACAGCUGCAGCAAUUGAAGCACUGAAGAAAGCACACAGAGAGGAACUGAAAAGAGAACUGGGCAGAUCACGCAGCUUCCAGAAAGGUGGCUUAGACUCAGAUGCUCUCCAGCAACAACAUGAGUCCGAUGUGGAGUCUCUAAAGCGGGAGCUGCAGGUGCUCUCAGAGCAGUAUUCCCAAAAGUGUCUGGAGAUCGGGAACCUCGUAGCCAAGGCAGAAGAACAGGAGCAAAUACUGCAGCGCUGCCAACAGGAGGGAAAGGAGCUGCUGCGGCACAACCAGGAGUUACAGAGGCGCUUGUCAGAGGAGAUUGGGCAGUUACGGGCGUUCAUCGCAGCCCAGAGCUCGCGUGAUGGUGCUUCGCACAACAAUGAGAGGAACGUUUGUGAGCUAGAGGUGCUGCUCCGAGUGAAGGAGAAUGAACUCCAGUACCUGAAAAAAGAGGUCCAGUGUCUUAAGGAUGAGCUUCAAAUGAUGCAAAAGGAUAAGAGGUUUGCCUCUGGGAAAUACCAGGACGUCUAUGUGGAGCUAAACUACAUCAAGCGGCGGUCAGAGCGAGAGAUUGAGCAGCUGAAGGAGCACCUGCGGCUGGCCAUGGCGGCCCUACAGGAGAAGCAGACGCUGCACAACAGCAUUGGCAAGUAG